AUGGGCCAAAUGCUCGCCAACUUAAACGCGCUUUUUGGGAGGAGCUUAGGGGCUGCUGUGGUGACCCAGAGGGGGAAUCCGAAUUUAGCAGACAUUAGGGAUGCCAACAGCCUUCUGAACGAUCUGUACCUUCAUGAACCUCCAGCGAUGGGGAGGAGGUUCACAUGGACCAACGGACAAGAAAACCCUAUUUGGGUUAAGUUGGAUAGGUUUCUUGUUAAUAGGGCCCGUGUCGAUCGUUUCCCAAGAUUGAUUCAGAAUUGUCUCCCGAGAUUGGGCUCAGAUCAUGUGCCUAUUAGACUUGAGGUGGGGAUGCACUGUUCCAAACCCAGAUCUUUUCGCUUUGAAAAUGUUUGGACUACGGUGGAUGGUUUCGCUGAUUUGGUAUCUAGGUGGUGGGCAGGGCCCGUGCCUAAUGAGCUGAUUGAUGUUAUCAAAGAAACGAGGGCCCUUAGUGCUAUUGAAACUACCCAGGAACGAGAUCUGCUGGAUAGUUUGGCUGGAAUCCGUAGACAAGAGGAAGUUUACUGGAAGCAGCGGUCUCGCUUACAGUGGCUGAAGGAGGGGGAUGAAAAUACGAGGUACUUUCAUACUGUGGCUAACGGGAGGAAAAACAUCAAUUUCAUCCCCGACAUCAAUGAUGGGUCUUCCACUUUCACCGAUGCUAAGGAUAUUGGCAAAGUUUUUGAGCAGCGGUUCAGGGCCCUGUUCGGACAACGUAGGCCUUUUCGCUUCAAGGUGGAUCUAGACAACCUGUUUAAAAACAAAGCCUCAGUGGAUUUAUCCUUUCUUGAGCUACCUUUUACAAUUGAGGAAGUGAAAAGAGCAGUGUUCGACCUGGGAAGUGACAAGGCUCCUGGACCAGAUGGGUUCCCAAUGUCCUUCUUUAAAACCUUUUGGGAGACUGUUAAAGGGGAGAUCUGGCAACUCUGUGAGGAUUUCUACACUGGUAAGGCUAACUUGGAACGGAUUAAUUGGGCUUCCAUUGUGCUCAUCCCUAAAGUCUUAUGUCCAUCUUCACCCGGGGAUUAUAGACCAAUUAGCCUAAUUAAUUCUUCGCUGAAAGUUAUCAGUAAGAUUUUGGCUUCCCGUCUUAGCAUGGUGAUGGACUCCUUGGUGGACCACGCGCAAUCUGCUUUUCUUAAAGGGAGGUGUAUUCUGGAUAACAUUGCGAUGACAGAGGAGGCUAUUUUCAGCAUUCAUAAAAGGAGAUUGAUGGGUCAUAUUCUCAAGGUGGACUUUGCUAAAGCUUUUGAUUCAGUUGAUUGGGACUUCUUGUUGGAGCUCCUUAAGGCCAGGGGUUUUGGACCUAAGUGGUUAGGAUGGAUUUCUUCGAUCCUCGGUUCCUCGAAGGCCACGAUUCUGAUAAAUGGAUCCCCUAGCGGUUAUGUGAGGUAUCAAAGAGGUCUGAGACAAGGUGAUCCUCUGUCGCCGAUGCACUUUGUGCUGGUCUCUGAUGUGUUGUGCACUAUGUUUGAUAAUGCGCUGAAUUCUAAAAUUCUAAUUGGUGUGCCACUGGGGGAGCAAGGUAGCAUUUGUAAUUUGCAUUAUGCCGAUGAUCUACUGGUUAUGACAGUGGGGGGGGCUGAGGAUCUCAGAUUGAUCAAGCUGAUCCUUCUUAUCUUUGAAGGGCCCUCUGGACUGGAAACUAAUUUCUCCAAAACGUGUCUAUAUACCACCAACUUGCACCAACUUCCUCAAGCUUGUGAGGCUAAUACGGUUAACUGUGAUGUGGGUCUGCUUCCUGUUACCUACCUGGGAAUUCCCAUUUCGGGUAGACGAUCUCGUAAACAGGAUUGGGAGAGUUUGGUAACCAAAGUCAGAGGGAGAUUGUCUUCCUGGAAAUCUUCCUACCUGUCGAUGGGUGGUCGACUCACCCUUGUCAACUCAGUGUUAUCGGCGUUACCGACGUACUGGAUGUCUUUGUUUAGGUUACCUAAGUGGGUAAUCAAGGCAAUUGACAGGAUUAGAAGAGAUUUCCUUUGGUCUAGCCCUGACAUUGAUCAUCCGGGGUGUAGACUUGUGGCUUGGAAGAACAUUUGUCGGGCAAAGGAGCAGGGUGGGUGGGGGAUUUUGGAUCUUUCUACAUUUAAUCUUUCCCUGCUUGGGAAAUGGAGAUGGAAGAUGAUGGGAUGUGUCUCGGUUCAGGUUAAAUCGGGUUUUGAGUCGCUAUUCUGGAAGGACAGAUGGCUCAAUGGUCUUGUGCCGAUGAACAUCUGGCCAGAUGAAUUCCUUGCAUCUACUAUACCUCACAGGACGGUGCGGGAGUUGGUUUUGUUACUGGAAAAGCCGUCGUUCGUGAAUGAGCCGGAUGUUGUGCAAAUCCUGUCUAGUCUAAAUGUGGCGUCAAUGGGGGAUAACGAUAAAAAGGUGUGGGGACUGACGUCCAAUGGCGUCUUCUCGGUCAAGUCUUUCUAUGGGUCUUUGAAUGAUGGCGGUCUCAGAUGCCCCAUUGCUAAUACCUUUUGGAAAGGUCCCUGCCCAAAGAAGGUUAAUAUUUUUAACUGGCUUGCUUGGAAGAACAAGAUUCUCUCCCUGGAAAAUCUUGCUAAGCGUCGCUGCAAUCGACUGCCGAAUGACAUGUGUGUGCUCUGCCAUGCCGAUGUUGAAUCAACGGAUCAUCUUUUCUUAAAGUGUCAUUUCUCUCGGGAGGUGUGGGCUUACCUCUGUCGCUUCCUUCAGUUUCCCGAGCUUCCUCAGUCUAUGGAUCAAUUAUGGAGCGUCUGGAGGUCGGCCUUACGGCCUGCGGCUCGGGUGUUUGGGGAUUUGUUUGUUAAAGCUUAUGUGUGGUCGAUUUGGCUUUCGCGGAAUGAUUGUAUCUUUGCUAAUAAGUGUCAUAGUCCUCUUGAUGUUGUGAUGAAGUCUACUCAGUUGUUAUUAUCUUGGUACUCUGCAGCUCCUGAAGGUGUGAGAGAGAAGAUUGGUGAUCUUAUCUCCUCUAUCAGACGCAGCUUGGAGUUUGUUGGACCUCGCACCGUGGGGAUGGAAGGCACCCCCUUGCUUGAGGUUGAUCAGUCCGGCGGGGAGGAGUAG